AUGGCGCCCCCAAAGGAAGCUGAGGUUGAGCUCCACGCCAUCAGCCGAACCCCCGAAUACGAGGAGUUUAUGGCUAAGCUGAGAGCUUACCAUCAGGAGCGAGGCACAACUCUCGAGGCUGAGCCCAAGGUCGGACCGGUUUACCUUGACCUCUACAAGACAUUCAACCAUAUCGUUGCAAAUGGCGGCUACGACAAGGUGUCCGAUGAGAAGCUGGCUUGGCGGCGGAUGGCCGAGCAGCUUGGUAUCCACUCUUCCAACGUAGCCUCGACUGCCUUUUCGUUGAAGGAAAAGUACUAUAAGAACCUUGCUGCCUAUGAGAUCAAGUUUGUCCAUGGCAAGGAGCCUCCUCCCAAGGACAUCCUGGAGGACGUGUCGGCCAAGGGUGGCGGUCUCUUGAGCCGCACCAGGGAGAACUUCCGGGGAGCCAAACGUGAUAGCGGCACAGUUGGUGACUCUGCGGCUGCUUCUGGCGAUGAUGGCACCCCAACCCGAGAGCGUCCUACUCCAGAUGCUGCUCCUACGUCUAGCGUUCGAGCCUCACGAGGCCUGCGCGAGGCCCCGCCUCAAAGAGUCAUCUUCCAGCCAGACACCGGCCCAUCUAGACCGACCCGUCAUGCUUCUGGUCAACAGCCGAGCCAUGGCAAUACGCCUACCUCCAUGGGCCAGCCAGGCGGCCUUCAUUCGACACCGCAGCAGGUUCAACACACUCCAGUGCCUCUUCCUCACCAGCCCAGAGCUCCGCCUCGUGGACCCAGCGGCAGCUUCAAUCCGCCCGAUGCCGAGAACACGUCGAUCGGCGUUGAAUCGUUUCUCCCACGCUCCCUGCAGCCCCAGCAGCAACAACACAUUCUUCCCAUGCGCCCUGUUGACACACCGAGUAACAAUCCGGUUGAGUUUGCUCGGCGCCGUCAACUUAGACGCUCUCUUAUGGAGCCCCCUCGUCGUAGUGGACCCUAUCCUGGAGUUGGAUAUGAUGGCCCGAACAUCUACAUUCGUUGUCUCUACGCCUUGCGCUCGGGCACUUUCGAAGAGCAGCAGUUUGCGCUCUACCACCUCGUCAAGAUCUCAUACGAACGCCAUGACAAGUUCAAAUUCGAAGGGUUUCCCGGACUCAGUGAAGGCUUGGUUGAAAAAGUUUUGGAGGUUGGCACCGUUUUUUACAAUGUGAAGUGGAAAAUCUCUUGGGUAUCUCAGAUGGCCGCCGACAAUUUCGACACUCUGGAUGGCAAUGAAGGAACCGAAGACAUCCUGGAGCGCAUCGACACCCUCGACCCGAAGGAAAUCAACGAGCACAUUGUACCCGAGGACCUCGCGGACCAGAUGGUCCUCAUCAAUGAGGCCGCCUUGACACUGAGAAACAUGUCUCAGCUACGGGAGAACGCUGCUCAUCUGGCCGAAUUCCUGCCGAUCAAGGACCUUAUUUGCAUUGUGCUGAGCCUUCCAAAACACGAGUGGGUGAUUGAAGUGAAGCAUGCGAUGCUCGACAUUGCUGAGGCUUUGACCCCCUACAUUGAAAUCGACUCCAGCGACCCCCUGUACAAGGUUCUCAUGUGGCAACUGAACGAUUCUGACGACCGCGGUGUUAUCCUCACGGCUCUUCGCGCGCUCGGACGCAUCUCGAUGAACCUCGAAGCUACCAACCGACUGGAUAAGGUUCCUACAGCCGUCUUGACUAAGAUCGGCGAGCUGAUGCUGCUCAACGAUGACGAGCUGAAGGAUGCCUGUCUCGAUUUCUUGUACCAGUACACGGCAGUUGUCAGCAACGUUGACAACCUAGUUAAGGCCCUCAACUGCGAGCAUCUGGUUCAGCAUCUGGUCCGUCUACUUUCUCACAACGCCAGGCGCUACCAGGAAGAGACGCUCCUGAAGCCCAUGAUGAAGCCGCCCUCGACCGAUGAGCCUGCUGCCAUGCCCGAAGAUCUGUUGCAGGAUCUGCUGAAACUUGACGAGCCCGAGCGAUGCAACCAAUGGGUCAAGUGUUUCUUUGAAGAGGACAAGGACUCUUUUGUCACUCAGAUUGCAGCCUGGCAGGCGUACCAGAACGCUUUCAAAUCGGCACUCCAGGCCAUUGGCCAGCCCCUCAUUACCCCAGCCGACUUUAUUAGGAACAGCUGUUCGGUCUAUAAGGGCUCCAAGGCUGAAGUCUGGGCAGGCAGCGGAGUUCCUGGAGAAGUUCAGCAGAAGUUCAUCAUUCAUGGCAUUCGAUGCCGAGUUCGACCUGUGGGCAUCCAGGGCGAGGUGUUCCUUCGGUGCCUCUGGGACUCGGCGUCUGGCCGACCAAACGAGAAGUGCGGCCACUUCUUUGGAAACAAGGAGACCAUGUGGAACCAUGUUGUCAAGGUUCACCUGAAGCUAACUCGCAACGAACAAGGCGGCUUCGAUAACAAGGAAGAGGAGAUCAGAUGCCGGUGGGCCGAUUGUACCAAGUACCCGAAGCCCACAAAGAUGAAGCUUGCCCUCAUGGGCCAUCAUCUCCAGACUCACUGCUGCCAGAUCUUCAAUGGCAUCGCCAUCAAUGACAAGAAGGCGCAGGCUGGACCUCAACCCAGCGAUAAUCUCGUGGUCCACUUCGAAGAGACGGCCACGGCUCCCGACGAGCAGAACCCUUCAGCCCCUCCUCAAGCGGCUGGUAUUCCCCUCAGUGCGGUGCUGAUUCUCCGCAACAUCGCCCGGAACGUGGUCAAGACACCUGCGCAAGAGGACCUCCUCAAGCUGCAUGAGCUUGGCGGCGAGGCUGGGGGUUGGAAUGAGCGGCUAUUCCGGACUGUGCUUCCUCGUCUCUACGAAGUCAUGACCGAGAACAGGGUUUUGCUCGCCGAGUCAGAGAGGGACCUCUAA